AGAACAAAAGCCCAGAACCAAAAGAACCUCAACAAAAACAUAAAAAAAAAAAAAUGCUCAUAAUCGGCCUAACAGGCUCAAUCGCCACCGGCAAAUCCACCGUCUCCAACUUCCUCUCCUCACCCCCCUACUCCAUCCCCAUAGUGGACACCGACCUACUCGCCCGCCAAGUCGUCGAACCAGGAACCCCCGGCUACAAAGCAAUCGUCAACUACUUCGGCCCCAGUACCCCCGACCUCCUCCUCCCGCCAUCUCCAGAUGAUCCGACUGGCUCUAAACGGCCCCUGAACCGGCCGGCGCUCGGCCGGCGCGUGUUUGGCACCACGGAGGAGCGCAAGCGCGAUCGCAUGAUCCUCAAUAAAAUCGUCCACCCGGCUGUCCGUUGGGAGGUCUAUAAAUCCCUCCUUUACUAUUAUAUCCGGGGCCAUUGGGCUGUGGUCCUUGAUGUUCCGCUUCUGUUUGAAAGUGGGAUGGAUUUCAUCUGCGGGACGGUGAUUGUUGUCGGGGUGAGGGAUCCGGAGGUGCAGAUGGCGAGACUGCGUGCGCGGGACCCGCAUUUGAGUGCGGAGGAUGCGGAGAAUCGUGUGAAGAGUCAGGGUGAUGUGAAGGGGAAGGUGGAGAAGGCUGAGUUUCGGGGUACGCAGUCUGCGCGGGGUGUUAUUGUUUGGAAUGAUGGGGAUAAGAGCGAUUUGGAGAAGGAGGUGAGGAAGGCUGUUAGUACUAUCUCGGGCACAAGUCCGAGAUGGUGGGCUUGGUGUUUGCUUUUGGCGCCGCCGUUGGGAGUUGGUGCUGCUGUUUGGAAUAUGGCGGUUAAUUUUGUGACGCAGAAGGGUUGGGAGAAGAGGGCUAAGGAGGAGAAGGCUAAAUUGUAGAUUUAUUCUGUUACUUUUUAUAUUUUUGAGGCUUGUGCUUGGGUGUUGGCUUUUGGGUGAUUGGCGCUGGUUUGGGGAGUUCGUUUCGUGUAUGGCUUUAGCUGAUGGAGUACUACAAAGACUAUAUCUUAUGUUAUACCCUUUUACUUCCUUGGAA